UGCCCUUAGCCUACCCUAACAAGAAUCGAUAACAUCGAUCUCGACGGUUUUCAAACCUUUUCUUCUCCAAAUUCACUCACUCCCUCUACAAUCUCCACACCUGAAUUCCAAUCAAUCUAUUCUUCAAACCCCUAUCUGUCUUCACAAAAAUACACACACACACAUAAAAAUGAGUGUAGAGCUUGCAUCGGACACCCAUGGGAAUCUGGACGAGCAAAUAUCACAGCUCAUGCAGUGCAAACCCUUAAUCGAACCCGAGGUUAGGACAUUAUGUGACAAGGCAAAGGAGAUAUUAAUAGAUGAAAGCAAUGUUCAGCCAGUAAAAAGCCCGGUGACUAUUUGUGGUGACAUUCAUGGGCAAUUCCAUGAUCUUGCUGAACUUUUCCGUAUUGGAGGAAAGUGCCCGGAUACAAACUACUUGUUUAUGGGGGAUUACGUGGAUCGAGGGUAUUAUUCUGUUGAAACUGUCACACUCUUGGUGGCUCUGAAAGUACGAUAUCCUCAACGAAUUACUAUUUUAAGAGGGAAUCAUGAGAGCCGGCAGAUUACUCAAGUAUAUGGGUUUUACGAUGAAUGCCUUCGGAAGUAUGGCAAUGCAAAUGUUUGGAAGACAUUUACAGAUCUAUUUGAUUAUUUCCCUUUGACCGCAUUGGUUGAAUCAGAAAUAUUUUGCCUCCAUGGUGGGCUGUCACCUUCUAUUGAAACCCUAGAUAACAUUAGAAAUUUUGAUCGCGUUCAAGAGGUCCCACACGAGGGGCCCAUGUGUGAUCUUUUAUGGUCUGACCCAGAUGACCGUUGUGGUUGGGGUAUCUCCCCCCGUGGUGCUGGUUACACGUUUGGUCAAGAUAUAUCAGAGCAAUUUAACCAUACCAACAGCCUAAAGCUUAUUGCUCGAGCUCAUCAACUGGUCAUGGAAGGAUUUAACUGGGGACAUGAAAAAAAGGUGGUCACCAUCUUUAGCGCACCUAAUUACUGUUACAGGUGUGGGAAUAUGGCUUCUAUCUUGGAGGUCGAUGAUUGCAAGGGACACACAUUUAUCCAGUUUGAACCUGCUCCCAGGAGAGGUGAACCUGAUGUAACUAGAAGAACGCCUGAUUAUUUUCUGUAAAACUGAUGCUCGUCGGAUGAUCGUGUGAGGACCUGAUGUAACUAGAAGAACAACUGCUCAUCGGAUGAUCGUGUACCGGACAUCGUUAUGAUGGUUUCCUGGGUCAAGUUACGCUCUAACCUAGGAUUUUGCUGUUGACUGUCCGACAAUGUAAUUUUUCAUUAUUUUGUUUGUAGGUUUUUGUGUGUAAUCUUAUGUAUAUGGACCUUGUUUCAUAUUCUUUUCUUUCGCCCACUUUUCUAUUAGUCCGACUAUAUACAUGUUUUGGUGCGCACUACUUGAUCUAUUAGUACACAGUCUUCUUCAUCAAUUUGUCGAAAUUUUAUGCUAA